CAAAAUUCUCCAAUAAAAUAUAUUAAAAGAAAAAAAAAACAUUUGGAAAUAAAAUUUCAAUAUAUAUCCCUACUCCCCCGUCAGGAUUCGCCGAUCGUCUUCCUCCGUCGUUUCUCAAACUUUCAGGCUUCAGCUGCUCUGACAACUUCUUCCGAGAAGCGUUUGUAUAACAGAUCGAGAAGUCUUUGAUUGCGAAUCCAAGAACGUUCAGGCCUGGGCGUGGAUUCUGUUUCGUCCCGAGAGAGUCAUGAACGCGAGAAGGGAACUGCGCAACAAUAGGGUUGCUCUCUUCGAUGGCAUUGAGGAGGGUGGUGUCAGGGCUUCAUCUUCCUACUCCUCCCAUGAAAUUGAGGAGCAUGAUAAUGAAGCAGCAUUGGAUGGCUUGCAAGACAGAGUCCUCCUGUUGAAGAGGUUGACAGGUGACAUAAAUGAAGAGGUGGAGAGUCAUAACCGGAUGCUGGAUAGGAUGGGUAAUGAUAUGGAUUCAUCAAGAGGAGUGUUGUCAGGCACUAUGGAUCGAUUCAAGACGGUGUUUGAUCCCAAGUCAAGCCCGAAGAUGUUUUCACUAGUCGCACUUUUCGUGGCAAUUUUCUUCAUCGUGUACUAUCUCACAAGGUAAUCCUCCCCCAUUUGGAUAUCGAAAGAACUCGAGCUUUGCCUAGAAGACAAUGAUCACUAUUGCUGCCUAGUUCUAUCAGUAAGUUUGGCAUAGAUGUUCUGUUGAUGCUUGUGUGAAUAUGUUUGCUUGUACCAAAUUAAAGUUGAAUGAGUUUGAAAACCAAAUAUCAUCUGCUGCUCUCCAUUCAGCUAGACAUUGAUGGGGAGAGAUAUAUAAUCAGCAAACCAGUUUGUUACUUGAGAGUUUAAUAUCUCUGCCUUGCCUAUAUUCUCUAUUUGAUUUAAAGCCAGAUUACCAUUCAAACAA